AUGCUGGCAGUGAUGGUGAUGGUGGCAAGAGGAAACGCAAAGCUCGCUCGACCUCCCGAGAUGGCCACAGCUCAGGGAAUACAGGAGGAACGUGAGCGUAGCAUGCGCAGAGCCAAGAGCAAGAGCCGCACCCCAGAGAUCGAAAGGGUUGGUUCUGAGGCUCAUGAGAAAAUCGGUUCUGGGGGUGAGGGUGUGAUGGGAGAGGUUGAAGGAGCGGGGUGUGUUGGUGGUGGGGUUGGAGAUGGAACAAAGGCAGGAAUGGGGGAGGAGGAAAAGGGAAAAGCCGGAGGAAUGGGUGGAGAGGAGGACAAGGGAGAAAAGGGAAGGGAAAAUGGUGGUGAGCGUGGGGUAGUAGCAGAGGGUGGGAAUGGACAGGAGAAGGAGGGAGGGAGUGCGAAAAUGGAGCUGGAGGGUGGAGGUUGCCAGCAGGGAGACGCUGGGGUUGAGGGGGAAGUGGGAAACGGAGAGGUGAAAGGGGAGGAUAAAGGGGGAAAGAAGGGUGAGAAAGAGGAGAAUGGGGGUGAGGAAGAGGGGAAUGGGGGUGAGGGAGAGAGGGAUGGGGGUGAGGAAGAAGGGCAGGCAGGUGAGGAAGAGGGAAGAGGGGACGAAGGAAAAGGGGAAGGGGGAGAGGGAGGGGAUGGUGCUGAUAAGCUGCAGGCUUGA